CUUCCCCAUUCUCGAAGUUGGAUACGUUGAUCAGUAACUUUUUAGACCAACAAGUGACCUCUCCCUUCCAUUUUUGUAUAUAGUAUAACAUGUUUAAAAAGUCGGUGCGGACAAAGAACAUUCGUCGCAAGAUAGAAACAAGUGACGAUGAAGGAAACGAACCAGAUACCACUGAAGUAAAGACAACUUUGAAAAAAUCGUUCAUCGACAAGAAAAAGAAGAAGGAGCCUAAAAAGUCGCUGGGUCUGAGUUUUGCAGAGGAGGAAGACGAAGGCGAUACAUUUCAGUUAAAAAAGAGCAAAGCGAGUGAGCGAUUGGCGUCAGAACGCAAACUGCGACUACCAGAACACUUGACGCCUACCGAUCUUAAUGCGGAACGUCCCAAUCUAUCGAAUCAAAAAUCGUAUACCGACGAAUAUUUGCAAUCACUCCGUGCUGGCACACCGAGUUUGCCUCCAUCCAUCAGUAAGACCGCCACGGAACCAGCGAUCCUCGACGACGAUGCGCUCAUUGCCGAAAAGUUUCCCGGCACCAUGAAUGCUAAAGUCGGUUUUACUGGCAUCGCCGAUGCCCGUACCAUUCACGCGGCAAGAAAGAAGCGAGAAAUGUUACGCAAGGGACAAAAAAUCAUUGAUGAAGAAGAGGACUUUGUUGCCCUUGAUGAUCGCACCGAACAUUCACGAUUAAUCCGUGAAGAGGACGAUAUUGGUGAUGACGGCGAAGCAGAAUACGAGCAAUAUGUCGGCGAGAAAUUGACUUUUGACAAGAAAUCGGCUAAAAAGAAGGAAAUGGAACGACGGUCCGAUGUGCGGGAAAUGAUUGAAGAGGCCCAAGAAGAAGACGAGGACGAGGAUGAAGAUGAAUUGGAAGAUAUGGAACGAUGGGAGAAUGAUUUGAUCAAGCAUGGCGGCGUUCGAAUGCAGCCCAAAGAAACCGAAAAAGAUCCAUUCAAACCUCCGGCGGAUUAUCGACCGGCUGACAUUCCUGAACCAAUGGCUUUACCUUUGCUUGCUGAUGUGAUGAGUCAAUUACAAAUCGUUUCCAAGAAUCAUGCGGCCAGUUUGACUGAGUAUCAGGCGCAAGUCGACAACUCGCAAAAAGGCAUGCAAGGGCUUCAAACCACCGAACAAGAACUUGAAAAGGAAAUUCAACGUACCAGCGAACGUUAUGAUUACUUUCAGGACUUGUCCUCGUAUGUGAAUGACUUGGGUGAAUUUUUGGAUGCCAAGUUUCCUGAAUUGGAGAAAUUGGAAGAACAAGUUGAGGAACUGUUGGCCACAAAACGCGAUAUUGUAAUGGAACGUCGAUGGAAAGACGAUGUGGAUGAUUUGCGACACUUUAUGGUGGUGCCUGACAAUGCGAUUGAAGAAAAGGAACCACACGCCACCGAGGAUGAUGAUCAAAGUGAACUAGACGAGUUUGGUCGCGUCAAAGAGUUCCGCAAUUCAGGCACCACCGCGGUUCGACGCAAACAAGAACGUCAACAGCGACUGGCCACUCGCGCGGACCUGAGCGAAUUAUCAGGCGAUAAUGCAUUACAGGAGCAAGGACUUUGGUCCGACGAUGAUAUGCCUGAGGACUGGAUCACGCAAAAGGAGGAUACUUUAGAGCGGAUACAAACCGAUGAGUUGGAUCAAAUGUUGGCGGAUGUGGGCGAUGAUUUUGGGUCGAUACGCGCUGUGAAGGAUAAAUUCGAGGCGUGGAAGGGCCACUUUUACGACGAUUAUCAGAAAGCGUUUGGAAGUCUGAGUUUACCCGGCGCGUUUGAGUUUUACGUACGAUGCGAACUUGUAUCGUGGGAUCCAUUUACGGACGCGCGAGAGUUUGAUACGAUGCAGUGGCAUCGAAUUCUCUCCGAGUAUGGCAUCACCGAGGAAGAAGGUCACGAAGAUGCGGAUGUCGAACUUUUGAACAAAGUGGUGGAAAAAGUGCUUGUAAAGAAGAUCAAGCAUAUGAUGCCUGUCUUGGAUGUGGCCUCCAUCAAAGCCACGCGUUGCGCAAUCCAUGCCGUGGAACAAAUCUCUUACUAUGUAGAAAAGAACGAUAAAGUGUUCCAGGAUCUCAUGAAAGUCAUAGAAAAAGUCAUAGAAAAAUCGGUUCUGCGUUACGUUGAACUUUUGGAUGCAGCGAUACCCAAGGUGGGCAUGGGAGCCGAAGCCGAACAAGCGAAAAAGCGGUUCUUUUGGCGCCAGUACAAGUACUUGAAAGUGUUGACGUUAUGGCGACGAUAUCUUCCAAAGCAAGCUUUAUCACAUCUCGGCAGCAUGGUUAUGAACCAAACCAUUGCUCCUGUAUUGAAACCCACACUAUCUCCGUCGGAUGCGCAGUUGCAAAAUGAAGCUCUGACGCUACUUGCACGACUGUCCAACUGAACGCCCACCAACAAUCAAACCAAAAACUAAUUUAUUAUAGAAAGUAUACAAAGUUUUCGU